GCUCCGGCCCCUGUCUCCCCCUCUCUGCUCCCUGCCCUCUCCCUACCAUGCGCUCCGGUCAUCUCUGCUGGUCCUGCUGCUGCCUCCUCCUCUUCUCCUUGGGAGCCCAGGCGGCCGGAGGGCCUCUCAGCGGUGCCCCUGAGCAAGUCCAUCUGUCCUACCCAGGUGAGCCAGGCUCUAUGACUGUGACCUGGACCACAUGGGUUCCAGCUCCCUCUGAAGUGCAGUUCGGGCUGCAGCUGUCUGGGCCCCUGCGUUUUCGAGCUCAGGGCACCUCCAGCGUCUUUGUGGAUGGGGGUGUUCUCCGGCGGAAGCUCUACAUGCACCGAGUCACACUGCGGGGGCUGCUGCCCGGGGCCCAGUAUGUUUACCGUUGUGGCAGUGCCCAGGGCUGGAGUCGUCGCUUCCGUUUCAGGGCCCUAAAGAAUGGGGCCCGUUGGAGCCCCCGUCUGGCUGUGUUUGGGGACCUGGGGGCUGACAACCCGAAGGCCCUGCCGCGGCUACGCAGGGACGUCCAGCAGGGCAUGUACGACGCUAUUCUCCACGUGGGAGACUUUGCUUACAACAUGGAUCAGAACAACGCCCGUGUUGGGGACCGAUUCAUGAGGCUCAUUGAACCUGUGGCUGCCAGCCUGCCGUAUAUGACGUGCCCUGGGAAUCAUGAAGAACGCUACAACUUCUCUAACUACAAGGCUCGCUUCAGCAUGCCAGGGGACAAUGAAGGCCUGUGGUACAGCUGGAAUCUGGGUCCAGCCCACAUCAUCUCCUUCUCCACUGAAGUAUAUUUCUUUCUCCAUUAUGGCCGCCACCUGGUAGAGAGACAGUUUCGCUGGCUGGAGAGCGACCUGCAGAAAGCCAACAAGAACCGGGCUGCCCGGCCGUGGAUCAUCACCAUGGGGCAUCGGCCCAUGUACUGUUCCAACUUGGAUCUGGAUGACUGUACACAGCAUGAAAGCAAGGUCCGCAGAGGCCUCCCUGGCAAGCUGUAUGGGCUGGAAGAUCUCUUCUACAAAUAUGGUGUGGACCUGCAGCUGUGGGCUCACGAGCACUCCUACGAGCGACUGUGGCCAAUUUAUAACUACCAGGUAUUUAAUGGCAGCCAGAAGAGUCCCUAUACCAACCCUCGAGGCCCUGUCCACAUCAUCACUGGAUCUGCUGGCUGUGAGGAGCGGCUGACCCCCUUUGCCCCCUUCCCAAGGCCCUGGAGUGCCCUGCGGGUGAAAGAGUACGGCUACACGCGGCUACACAUCCUCAACGGGACCCAUGUCCAUAUCCAGCAGGUGUCGGAUGACCAGGAUGGGAAGAUUGUGGAUGACGUCUGGGUGGUGAGACCCCUGCACGGCCGGAUGAUGUACCUUUAAGGAUGGAACAGCCCUCGUCAAGAACCCUAAGCCUUGCUGCCUUGGCGGGUGUGACUAGACACUGCUCAGCCAGGGAGUGGGGGUGGGCCCGACUCCCCUGCCCUCCAGAGGUCCCACGCUGGGUGGACACAGCCCUGAUAAACUGGGGCAGCUCUUCCCUCCUGGAGAGGGAGAGUCCUGGCUGACUGUGAAGAGAACCACAUAGCGAAACAGGGUGGGUCUCUGGCUGGCACAGCCCCACCCUCCCGCAUAGCACUGACCGGGCAAAGCGCCCACGGGGCCUCGGAAUAAAGAGGUUCCAGCUGUGGCACGGUGGUCUCCGUGCUUCUGCUGGGGAUGCCCAGGCUGCCUCUUCUCCUGCCCACCUGCCAAGGGGCUCGCCAGCCCAAGUCCUCGGGGAGCACACGACCGUCAUGACACCACUGGCCAGCAGGUGGCGUUGGUGGCUUUUCCUUCUGAUCUUGGCCUUCUGCUUCAGUGGCCCAAGGAGUGCUACCCAGUGUCCCUGUGUCUCAGUUUCCCAGCCUGGAAAAGGCGAAAUACCACCCCCCACCCCCCCGCCUCCGAGCAGGGGGCAGCUGACACGUCUUGAGAGCCCCCAGACCCGAUAGUUUCUCCCCUCUUUCCUUUCUCCCCUUUCCUCUCUUUUUCUUCCUGCUUUCAUUUCUUUGAACAUUAUUUAUUGAGUGUCUGCCUUGUGUCAGGCCCUGGUCUCAGUACUAGGAACACAGCUGUGAACAAGACAGAGGUCUCUGUCCUCAGGGAGCUGACUCUCACCAUAAAGUUGGGAAUUAAACAGUUGCCCGAGAGGUGCCAUUGUGGUCAGGGUCUGAAAAGGUAGGGUGCUGGGAGAGUGGGGGCAGUUAGUUGUCUCUGCAGGGACACCUCACUGAGAGGGUGACAUUUCUCUGGAGGUGGUGAGGGGAGCCAGUUGGGUGGUUGUCUGGGGCAAAGAGUGUCAGGCGGAGGAACAGCCCCAGCAAAGGCCCGCAGACAGAAGCAUGCCUGCCCUGCUGGGUAUCAGCGAGGAGGCUGAGCCAGCCGGAGCAGAGGGUGAGGGGGCCACUGGGGCUGAGGGCGGGUUGUGUGGGGCCUUGAGAGCCACAUUAGAGACAUUUGAUGCAGCCUCAGGAGGGGAGGACGCCAUCUGACUUGAAGAGUCCCAGGCAAAGGCUGGGCUCUGGCGUCACGGUGAAGGGCUCCCAGGAACCCCGCGGGUGCCCAGCCCUGCAGGCGGGCCUCGUGUCUAUUCCUUCAUAGCCUCCGCCGACCCUAUCCCCACCCAGCGCAUGGCGCUCCGACCUCCUUACAGCAUCUGGCGCGUGUUCUCACAUGGGACCCAGGCCCCAGCUGUCAACCCUCCUCAAGUGCUGUCUCCCAGCCCAGCCCAGGGUGGCAACUUCUCAACCUCAGCCCUUGAGGCCUUGAUCCCCCCUCAGAUGCCUUCCGCUGACGGCCCCCACUCAGACAGUCUCAGCUGCCCUCUGCCCUGUCCCUGUUCCGCUGCAUUCUCCUAUCCUCUCAUGGAUUUAGCUUGUUGGCGGUCUGUCUUCCCCCUGGGCUAGAGGGUCUGUGACAGUGGUGGCCAGGGUUACUUUGUUCACUCAUCAGUCCAUCCCUGCCACCAAACGCCCCUCGAUCAUUUCUCAAGCUGGGUUGGGGGCCUUGGGCUCCCCCAUCCCACUCCUGCCUGCUCUGGGCCGACACUGUCUAGGGAUGGGUCUCUCUGGCUCCUACACUGGACUGUCAAUCUCAGGAGGGCAGGGCCCAGGGCUGCACGCCAGCAUUGCCCAGCACGAGGCAGAUCCUUAAAGAAUUAUCAUAGCCUUAAUGAAGCUGCCACAUGCCAGCUCCGGCCAGGCAAUGCCGGGGCCAGCAGUGACUCAGCCGAAAUGCCCUCUGGGAGCUUGCAGGCAGGCAGAGAAACUUGGUUACCCAACGCAAGUGACAAACAAUGAGGGAAUGCCGUGGGGGGGUGGCCCAAGGUGGGGAAGGCACAAGUGGCAGAGUCACUGCAUGCUGCAGCCAGAGACCGUCCUGGCUCAGUACAGUGUGGGCCCCAGCAUCCUGGCCUGGGCUGGGUGGGGCUGUAGACGUGCCCUGGAGGUGGGGUCCACACAGGGCAAAGGCCCAGCACUGGAGCCAGACAGAAACCGUGCUCAAAUCUCAGCCCUGCCACUUCCUAUGUGACUAUGGGCAAGUCACCGGCCCUCUCUGAGCCUCUGUUUCUUCAUCUGUAACAUAAGAAUAGUGCUUGGUUGGGGCCAAGCAGGUGACAUGGCGGCUGGGGCGCUGGACUCCCACAUAGCCAACCAUAGUUCAA